AUGUGGAAAAAUUUACCAUUAAUAUUUACUUUUAUAAUUGCAAUUUUAAACAAUUUUGCUUUUACAACGACACCCUCAGAAUGGAAAGGUGAUGAAUUACUUCCCUUUCAAGAUGCAUCUGGUCAUCUUAUUGGAACAUAUUCAAACCUAUCUUUAAACGAAAGAGCCGUCAUUUGUGAACCUGGAUAUUACCAAUGCGCAGGGACCAGUUUAUGUUGUUCUACACUAUGCGGCAAAAUUUGCAGUAGUAGUACUUGUUGUGAAGGCCCAUGUUGUGGAAUUUAUUGUUGUUUACCGCCCUCUAAAUGUUGCGGAAAUAAUGGUUGUUGUCUUUCAGGUAGCACUUGUUGUAAUGGAAAAGGUUGUUGCCCAAAUGGUUUUCAAUGUUGUGGAAAUGGUAAUUGUUGUUCAGAAUACGAAUAUUGUAACGAUGGAAUUUGUUUGGUUGGAUUGACACCGUCAAUAACAAUAACCGAAAGAGUAGUUGUAAAAAUAGUUCAAUAUAUCAUUAAAUUGCAAGUUUCGGUAUUAAAAUUAGCAAAAGAUAAUAAUUAUAAUGAUAAAGAAGCGAAUAAGAUAGAUCAAUCAGCAAAAAAAUUAAUAGAUUGUGUGAAUAAUUUUGGAAUGAGUUUGGUAAAGGCGGGUUUGCAAAAAAACGAUUCUUGUAUUUCAUGUGAUCAGGCAAAUAUUUUAUCUUAUUUUAAUACAAAUUCAACACCAUCAACAAACGAAACAUUAGCAAUGUUAAAAUUGUUUUAUUCAAUAGAACAAGCAAUGGUGAAUGCUACUGAAUGUAAAUUUAGCAUAAAUUGUAUGAGCGGUGAUAGUUGCUCUCAAGAUUCUAAAAUUACUCAAACUUCGGGAUGUAAUUCAAAUUCUGUCAACAAUUCCUUUAAAGUAAUAGGAAUAUUUCUAAUUUUAACGAUAAUGAAUCUAUACUUUGUAUAUGGCGAUGCUCUGAUCGGUAAUAUAGCAGUAGAUGCAGACUUUUAUUAA